UGAGCAUUACGCCCACACACGGUCAAGUCGUUGCCGCGGCCUCGUACGUAGUUGCGCCAUGGGAAACGAAGCAUCUCAAAUGGGAGGGUCCAGUCUGGACAUGUCGUCGCGGAACAUGAGCAGCAACUCGCUCGCGGACCUUGGCCUCGAGUCGAUGAAUGGCCGUGACAAGUAUCACACGGACGCCAACGACAAGCUCGAGUCGCUCGACUUGCAAGCUGGCCUUGACUGGGAAGGGUUUGUUCAGAAGAAAGGGCAUCUUGUGCGGAAUUGGAAAGUUCGGUACUUUACGCUCGAAGGCAACCUCCUAUCGUACUACGAAACCAAGGAAGACGCGCGGAAGCGGCGGUUCCUGAAGGGCCGCGUGCACUUGACAACCGUCAUGCUAGUGGAGGGACGUAGUGCUCACGGGUACGACCUAACGUUCACAACACAAGAGAGCAAGCCGUUCCACGUGUCGACGACCACCGAACUCGAGCAGAUUGCGUGGGUCAAAGCGAUGGAGGCAGGGAUCGACUUUUAUGCGCUCAAUAACUACGGUCACUCUGUGUACGGCAGCUCGUUGCUGGCCAAGUCGAUACCGUGCAAUGCGGAGAUCAUCUACUCGUUGUAUCGGCGAAUGCUUGCGAACGAGCUGUCGCUGUUUGACGAGUUCAUCUCGUACUUCAACAAAGACUUGGUCUUCACGUCGCACUACCCGCGCAAGUUUCCGUUCCACGGCGACUUUUUCGGGCGCGAGGGACUUCUCGUGUACUUGAGCUGCUUCCGCGAGAACAUUGAUCUGGUCGAGUUUACGAUCAGCGACGUCCAAGUCGACCGCGACGGCAAGUCGGCGAUGAUCAAAGGCCACGAGAAGGUUCGAUCCAAGGCGAACGGAGUCGAGAUUGUCCAGCCGUGGGUCCAUCGCAUUCGAUUCGGGCCGUACGGCAAGAUUCUUCGCCUCAAGAUCGAGAUCGACACGAAGAUGGCCAAGGGAAAUUGGAAUAGCAUGAACGUGAUCCCGGUCUAUUCGGAGGAGACGCUGACGGCAAUGCGAUCGACGCGGGCGCUGAGUAUUUCAAUGCACGACUUCACCGUGUACAACGUGAUUGGGAAGGGCGGGUUUGGCACGGUGGUGAGCGCCGUCAAGAAGAGUGACGGCCAGAUUUACGCGCUCAAGAUUCUCGAAAAGGGCAAAAUGACCAAGUACGACAUUGAGUCGUCGUUUACGGAAAUGCGGGUGGCGCAGAACAUCCACCACCCGUUCAUUGCGGGCCUCCGCAUUGCAUUCCAAUCAACGACCAAGUUGUUUUUGGGCAUGCACUACUACAACGGCGGAGAUUUGUUUCACCACAUGAGCAAGGGCGCGACGUCGCGGAUCUCGCCGCAGCGGGCCAAGUUUUACACGGCCGAGCUCGUCCUCGGCAUCCACCAUCUGCACAAACACGACAUUUUGUACCGGGACAUCAAGCCGGAAAACGUCAUGAUUGACGCCGACGGGCACAUUGCGCUCGUCGACUUUGGUCUGGCCAAGCUCCAUGUGAGCGAAUUCAAAGGCGCCAAGACGAUGGCGGGGUCCCCGCAGUAUACAGCGCCGGAAUUGCUGCUGCCCAAGGCCAAGCGCAGCUACGGCAAAGCCGCGGACUGGUGGAGCCUUGGCAUCUUGCUGUACGAAAUGAGUGUCGGCAAGUCGCCAUUCUUCGACUCGAACAUUGAAAAGAUGUACCACAAAAUUCAAAACGACCCGUUGAUGUUUCCAAGCAACCCGGAAACGUCGCCGGAAGUACAAGAUUUGCUACUGGGGCUCUUGCGGAAAGAUCCACACCAGCGCUACGGCACAAACUCCAUUUCGGACAUUCUGGACCACCCAUUCUUUGUCGGGAUUGACUGGGACUUGUUGCUCCAGAAGAAGAUUGAAGCGCCAUGGAAGCCCCACUUGACGUCGACACUGGACGUCAAGUACGUCGACACAGAAUUCACAGAGCUCGAUGUGAGCGACGAAGUGCUCAGUCCCACCGACAAGGCAUCCAAGGGCAUGCUGUUUGACAAGAUUGAAAAGAUGUUUGUCCCUCGCAACGCGAAAAAGGCCGCCGGUCCCGUCCAAGAUCCGACUUUCAAGGACUUUACGUACUAUUGCCAAGACCCGAACGCCCUCGUGGAUGCCACGUCCCUCGUGGACGAGCUGCACAAGCCCAACACGUUGGAUGCGGACUUGAAUGCUGACUGCGCUCCGACCGCCAACGGCACCCCCCUGAGUUCGUUCAUUGCGAACGACUCGAGCUCGGACAACCUUGGCCGAUCCCCUGACGUGCUCCCCGUCGACCCCCGGUUGAAUCCCCCGUACAACUCGACCAUGCCCCACGAAGUUGAACAUCGCAAGAACACGCCACCGCCUCUAUAUGUUCCCCCACUGCGCAGCAAUCCGCUACCCCCCAAGCCGAAAGACGCGCGAACACCGUCGCCAAACGUGUCGACCGCUUCCUCGGAAGAAAAAGACGACUCGCCCGACGGCGUCGUUCGGCGCAACCCCACGACCACGCCUGUGUUUUUCCGUAAUUCGUUUCGACAUUCGUUUCGCGCCCCGACGGACUAGUGCAGUGGCGUGUGUAUUAUCCACGACAAUAUACCCCUCGUUUUAUUAC